UCCUCACCUCUGUCCUUCCUUCUCUCCUUCACUACUCGUAUCUCUCAGCAUUUCAGGCACAGAGUUAAAGAUGUCUUGGACGUAUGCAACCCUCGUGGCUCUCCUCACCGUGCUCCUUGCACUUUCCUUGUCUCCAGAGGCCGACUCCGCGGCUGUGCCCAGCAGCACUGGCAGUGCUAAAGAUCCACAAGGUCCCCUGAAGAGGAUCUUCAUGAAGGAGGCUGACGCCUCAAACUUCUUCAGAAAACGCACCAGACGGGGGACGAAGUCUCAGGAUGAACUCAACGCUGAGCAGAGGCAGGUCUUGGCUGCAGAUGAACGAAAGAGAGAGUUCCACGAGGAGAAGAGGAACGAGUUUGAGCGCUACGCCGAGGAGGAGCAUGACGAGCAAGACGAGAGGACCAGGGAGAGCACCGAGCAGUGGAGGGAGUUCCACUACGACGGGAUGCACCCCCCCCACGAGUACAACCGCCACACCAUCUAAGAGCGAGGGGGAAAGGCGGAGGAGAGGCAGGAUGCUGCGUGUGGACAGCGUCCAAGUUUCCAAACACAUCCUUAACAACUACGCUUUUCUGUAAAGAACACAAGUGCUAACAGGGUUAAGACGUCAGCUACAGAGUGAGAUCAUCAGGUUUUAUUUCCUCUGCGUCUGAGAUACCACAGACCGCGCUGAUGUAUGUGUUAAAGCAACUAUUUUUAAUCAAAAUGUCGUCUUUUCUAUCAAACGUUCCAUUUGCCACGUACUAAACCUGCUCCGGUCGAAGUGUUCUUAUUUGAGUUGGACAUCAAUUCAGUCGUUUAUUCAGGUUUGCCUUUAACAAGCAUUUAGGUUUCAAAACGGCAGGAAAUAGGUAAAUUGCUACAAUUUGACUUGGGUUUGUGUUACGCUGAACGCCCAGCAGUCCGAAGUUGGUAAAAUUACUGUAAAAAUGGACAAAGAAAGUCAGCAAAUGUUCAUAUUUGAAGAGCUGGAGUCAUAAUAAUGGUUGGCAACUGUCUUGAGAAGGUAAAACACUGCUGGAGACUACCUACAAAUGAUCAAACGAUGUCUACACUAUUGGGAUUUGAUGUGUUCAGUGUGUUCACAUCUUGAACUUGUGAAAGGAUCAACCAGGACACACGUUAAUACCAGGUCUGAUCAGGGCCAUAGUCUGGUACAAGUUCACUAACAGAUUUAGAGGUUAUGGAUGCUUAUUGUGUUAAAGCUGAG